AUGUCGAUAACACCAUCCUCAUCGAAAGCUGCACCUCGCACUACCAAACGCUCCUCCACCCUCGCUGACCUUGCACUCCAGGACCCAACCUCCUCCCGCAUCCGCCUCCUCCCCCCACAUGCCCUCUCAGCGAAGUACACCCACUCGACCCCCCUGAGCGCGCACCAUUCCUGCGUCAAUGCGUUGGCCGUGUCGAAUCUGGGUGGUCAAUGGCUGGCUAGUGGCGGUGAUGACAAGAGGGUCUUGUUGUGGAGGGCCACUGCCGAUUUGACCAAGGAGCAGCCGAGGGCGAGUUAUAUCGGGUCAGGGGUGCGUCACGGUUCAGCUCUUCACUACUGUCGGGUUUGAUGGCGUCAGCAUCUCAGUCGGAGAUGGAUUGUUGAUCAAUCGGAACAUGUCUGAUCCCUCGAUAUUUCUUCGCCUCAGAGCAACAUCUUCUCCAUCGCCUUCUCGUGCGACGACCGCAAACUCUUCUGCGCCGGCAACGACCACAACGUGCGAAUGUACGACCUCGAGGCCCACCCACCCUCAACAUCGAACGAGACGGAGCGAGGACAUCGGGCUUCGGGGAUGUGGGAAGCUCACGAUGUGGGUCCAUGAACUCUGCACUACGGUGUGUCCGAGCGGCCAGGGACUGACAUUUGGACCCGUUCACCCGCGCAAAUUCUUCCAAUCAGGAUGCCGUCCAUCGGGUCAGGUGCCAUCCAAUGAACCCGGAUCUCUUCAUGUCGGCCUCGUAAGCCUGUCGAACCCACUUCAAGGACGACAUUGUUUCAAGCUACUGAUACCACGUCGCUGAGGCCUGCACAGCGACGAUGGCAUCCUCAAUUCCUACGAUCUACGCGUCCCUGGAGGCAGCGUCAACGUCGGGGUCGUCAACGUGCUCGGCGACCCAACUGCUGAAUUGUGCGACGUCGCCUACCACCCUCAGCAGCCCGAUACCUUGUUCGCGACCGCCAACAGUCGAGGAGCUCUCUUGCUGCACGACACGAGGAUGACGACGAGCCCUACCUACCUGCUGACCAAAAAGUUUGCCGUUCAAGAGGUCAGUCCCACACCCUCUUGGCUGAACAUUGCCUUUCCCUCAUUGUCUCACCCGGCGACUUCUCCGCGCAGUUCCACUCGAACCUCAUUCGAUAUCCAUCGGGUUCCAACACAACCGCCUCCGUUGAAACGGCAUCGCCAUCCAUCUCUUCCAUCUCCUUCUCUCCUAACGGCUCGCUCCUCUCGGCCACCUUGACCGGCUAUCUGCCGACAUUUUACGAGAUCUCUUCUCCUCUGCCGUUGUUCACCGUAUCAUCACCACCUCCACCUGCAACUGAGGUCACCUCUUCAUCCCGGACUCUCGAAGACACUGUUCCCAUGUAUCACAAUGGUGUCACAGUCAAGCACGGUGGCUUUGGAGGGGACGAAUCGGGAGGGGGUGCGCUGAGAUACGCCGAAGUGACGAUGAUGAGGAGGAUGAGGAUGAGGAUGGCGAAGAAGAGUUUGGAGAUGAGCUCGUACACUCCGAGGAAGACCCCGAUGAGGACUUGGAGGAGCAGCUUAUCGAACAGGACUCGGACUCGGGCGUCGACCCAGACGGAUACCCUUAAUCGAGCAACGAUGGCCAUUUACUUGACUUGUACAAAUCCUCAUAUGUACAUUUUGCAUUUGCAUGAUAGUUCGGUUUCGUAUUCGGAUCUUCACGCUGGCCUUCGGAGGCAAGCGAGAGCAGUCGCCCUGA